AUGGGCUAUUUUUCAUUGGACAUCACCGUGCUCUCCGCCAGCGGCUUGAAAAACCUUAACUUGUUCACGAGAAUGCGUGUUUACGUUGUCGUUUCCCUAAUCAACCGUAACAUAGUAUCGACCAAAAAGACUCAUGUCUCCAAUGGCGGCUGUAACCCAACUUGGAGCCACCGUAUCAAAUUUUCUAUCGAAGAUUCCGCGAUCCCAACCUGCACCCUCCUCUUCAUCCUCCGAUGUCGAAGUUUAUUUGGAGAUAAAGACAUUGGUGAGGUCUCGAUUCCAGUUUCUGACCUCCUCGACACCACACAAGAUUCAGCAAACACUGAACAUGUAGUUGAUUACUUAGUCCGACGUUUCAUUCAGGGAAAAGCAAGAGGUACCCUCACUUUUUCGCACCAGUUUCGGGAGAUUCGUGAUGGUUCCCAAAAAUCUAAAGGUGAAGAUGAUUCGGUUAAUAAUGGUUCUUAUCAUCCGGGAAUGUCGACGUACCAACAAGGGUGUAAUGGCGGUGCAGGCAACUACCUGCCAUGUGGACCUAUUCAAUAUGGUGGUGGUUGGUACCCACAACCCAUAAUAGGUGUGUAUCCGUACCCAACUCAGCAGAUGGGGUGCGGGUUAAAAAUGACGACUGCAAAACAUCAUAAUUCUAAUGAUGAACGCCCUAUCCCAUCAGUUAGAUCUUCACAACCAUCAAUUUCCCAGUCAGUAAAUAUCCCUGAUCCUGAUGAAGCCAUUUUUCCAACUACCAUGUAUCUUGACCUCAAACCAAAUAACCACCAUCUAAACCUUGAAAUGCCUUCUGAAUAUCCGAUUAUCAUUGAAAUCUUAAAAGGCCACACAAUAUCCUAUGCUUUAACUGCUACAUCUUAUGUUUCGUUAGGGUGUGUUUUGUAUGUUGGACAGGGUGGGACAGGACAGAACACAAUUGUCCUAUGGUUGGUGUGGCCUUAUGUGGGACUCACUAGAACUAGCUAG